CUUGUUAAAAUAAUGAAAUGAACAUUUCUACAGUGGAAUUGUGGGUUCCGCCCAUAUGUAAAUGAAGCUGGGCUGCCGCUGUACCAAUGGGAAGCCGAUUCUAACUGAAACCCACAGCCGACCGUUGGUGAGUGCCACGUGAUCUGGACUGCGAAUUAUUCCAGUGACCAUAUCAAAGAUGGCGACCGCCUGUAUCAAGUGGCUUGUUGUACGCAUGUGUAACGUUCUGCUGAUUCCAUCUUUAAUGCACUCAAGUGACGUCAGGCAGCAAGAUGGCGACAGGGCAACAGUGGGUGUUAGUAGAGAUGGUUCAGGCCUUUUAUGAGGCCCCAGCUUACCAUCUAAUUCUGGAAGGUAUUCUCAUUUUGUGGAUAGUAAGGCUACUUUUCUCCAAAACCUACAAACUUCAGGAGCGUUCCGACCUGACAGAAAAGGAAAAAGAAGAACUCAUUGAGGAAUGGCAGCCAGAACCACUUGUCCCGCCAAUAUCAAAAGACCACCCUGCCCUCAACAAUAACGUUGUCUCGGGCCCUCCAACUCACAACAUAGUGGUUAAUGGUAAAGAGUGUAUAAACUUUGCGUCCUUUAAUUUCCUUGGCUUGCUAGAUAAUGAAAAAGUAAAGAAUGUAGCUUUGGCUUCACUGCAAAAAUAUGGUGUUGGUACAUGUGGGCCAAGAGGGUUUUAUGGAACAUUUGAUGUUCAUUUAGAACUAGAAGAUAGAAUUGCCAAGUUUAUGAGAACAGAAGAGGCUAUUAUUUACUCAUAUGGAUUUGCUACAAUAGCCAGUGCCAUUCCAGCAUACUCAAAGAGAGGAGAUCUGGUGUUUGUGGAUGAAGCUGCAUGCUUUGCCAUUCAAAAAGGUUUGCAAGCUUCACGUAGCAGCAUAAAAUAUUUUAAACACAAUGAUAUGGAUGACCUGGAACGGCUACUGAAAGAACAGGAACUUGAGGACCAGAAAAAUCCUCGCAAAGCACGUGUAACCCGACGAUUUCUUUUAGUGGAAGGAUUGUACAUGAAUACCGGAUACAUUUGUCCACUCCCAGAACUGGUAAAACUAAAAUAUAAAUACAAAGUGCGGAUAUUCUUGGAAGAAAGUUUAUCUUUUGGCGUUCUAGGAGAGCAUGGGCGAGGUGUAACUGAACAUUUUGGUGUGAAUAUUAAUGACAUAGACCUUAUAAGUGCAAAUAUGGAGAACUCAUUGGCUUCCAUUGGAGGAUUUUGCUGUGGAAGAUCAUUUGUUAUUGAUCACCAGCGGCUUUCUGGACAAGGUUAUUGUUUCUCAGCAUCUUUACCACCAAUGCUUGCUUCUGCUGCCAUUGAGGCUCUCAACAUUAUGGAAGACGAUCCAGAUAUUUUCAGAUUAUUAAAACAAAAAUGUCAACGAAUUCAUUGUGCAUUGCAGGGCAUCUCAGGUCUGAAGGUUGUGGGAGAGCCAUUUUCUCCAGCCAUUCAUCUGCAGCUGGCAAGGAGCAGAGGAUCACGAGAAAAUGAUGUUAAGCUACUUCAGGAAAUUGUUGAUUAUUGCAUGAAUCGAGGGAUUGCAUUAACUCAAGCACGCUACUUGGACAAGGAAGAAAAGAUUUUGCCUCCACCAAGUGUGCGGGUGGUGGUUACUAUAGAAUUAACAGAGGAAGAGUUGGACAGGGCAGCAGCAUUAAUCCAGGAAGCCUCGGAAUGCAUCCUUCACUAGGAUUUUGUGAUAUUUAUGAUCUUUGUGGACCAGAAAUCGCACAGGGACAUUAUACCCUAAAGGACUGUACUUGCAGAAUGUGCAGAAACAGAUCAAUAUCUGCUGAAAAUAAGGAUUACCAACUACAGUAAAUGAACUCAACCUUUUUACAUAUUUUGUUAAAAUUAUGGAAAUUGUACUAAUGAACUUGAGUACAUUUGUGUUGCAAAUAAGUGCAAAAAAAUGAUUGUUUCAAAGUGUGGUCAACUAAGGGCCAGAAAUCUUUCUGUCUUACAGUUUCUUAUCCAGAAUUUUCUCUUCAUUUUGUAAUAAUAAAUGUAUUUUUUGCAACAUUCAUAACAACUGUGUGCCUAAAAGUAAUGAGCUGUAGGCAAGUUCCUAAAGGAAUUGGUUGGUAAAUUCAUAUUUAAAUGAGAAUGUGAUGUAAAGGUUUAACUUUGUAUAAGGAGCUAAAAUGUAUUGACUAUUUAAAAUUACCAACUUUGCUAAUUAUACUAUAAAACUAUUUUUCAUAUCUGCUGUGAGAGAAUUUGGCUGUUUUUGUGUUUGUCGCAUAUUUAGAAAAACAGUUACCCUCAUUGACAUUGGCGUGGAUGUGUUAUUCCCUAAGUUAUUGAUUCUGUUUGAUAUUAAGAUGGAAGUAGCUGAAGAAAUAUUGCUAAUCAACUUAAUUUUAGGUUUAAAAAUUGUUUAUUGUCUAUGUGAUCAACCCGUUUUAAAUGUGCUAGUAGCAUACUUAAUUUUGGUUGGAACUAGAAAGAAAACACAAGGUGGAAGGGCUUGCCAUGAUAGCUGUGUGCAAUCAUGUAACGCUACCUGUUCAACCUUCACUUGUUCACCUUUCUGGAGGAGGAGGAUAUGGCUAAAUCUCUCAACCAGAGAUAAUUUAUAGAUCAGUUCUGAAGACACUUUUGACUUACCAAAUUAUUGUAAAACACGGUGGGAUUUAGACAAGUACACAUGGUCCCAUUCAACCUUACAAUGUACCAAUCCAACCUUUUAUGUAAUAUAACAUUUCUCAGCAAAUUAGUAGUGCUCCCAUCAGGGUUCUGCUGUGUUACUUUUAAAAUAUAUGAUAACCUUGUCAUGCAAAAAUUUGAACAAAUUUACAGAUUUGUAUUUGACAUGACAUUACUGAAGGUGACCAUCAGCAUUCUUUUGUAUUGACAAGUGUAGGAAAUCCAGAAGUGUGACAUUUAUGUGCUGUUAAGAUUUGUAUAGAGAUUUGUUAGUUUUCUGGUGAAAUUGGUUUCAUGUAAAUUUUAAUAGUUUACAGGAUUUGCAGCACUAAAUGCAAGAACUGUGCAAGAUUUUUUGAACAUUUAUAACUGCAGAGCAAUUGCUAAAAAGCUGUUAAUUAAUUAUUGCAUGAAAGGAGGGAAGGAAAUUGUGCUUUAAAAGUGUUCUGCACUCUUGGUGAUUGGGGAGGUUAUUUUUGUAAUCUGUGCUUUUUACUGUUUAAUUCAGUGCAUUACUUUAUCCAGGACUUAAGAACAUCAAGUCUUUCCUACCUUUGAUUUUUUUUUCCCCAAGGGAAGGGGCUUGUCAGUUUACAGAUGCAUUUGUUAUAUACCUCUACUUUAUAACUGCACUGUACAUGUGCAUUGGAAAAUUGCACAGCACGUAGUCAGAUAUGUAACAAUAUGUGGAAUUGCAACUGGUAUUUUCAUUGGAGUUAAAAUGUAGGCACCAUUUUAAUCUUGCAGCUGGCAAGUCAACUGCAUAAUAAAACCAAAAAUCACGAGUAAAAGUGUGUUUUAUAUAUUAUCGAAAUGUGUACCACAAUAAAAUUUUAUACUGAG